AUGCGCCAGCUUGUCCAGUCCGGAGUCCACCGCUUUGGGCAGAACCGGAUAGCUUAUCGCAGCGGCCACGAGCUUCCCCAAGUUCUCGGCUCAAUCAAUGUCGACCGAUUAAAGCUUUCGCUUUUCUGCUUCGAGCUUCCUAUCAUGGCAUCCGCGAGCUUGCAUCAGCGGAACAUAUCAAGAUCUUCCCGGCCCCGCAGCUCCACGCGCGGUCCCUUGGAUAGUCCAGACGAUCCACUGUCUGGAUCACCGACGCUUGGGUCUCCAGAUCCUAUUGCACACACUCUUGCUCACAGUGAUCAUGUUGCGGGCUCCUCUUUUUUUGAACUAGAUCAGUUCGCCCCGGAUGAUCUACCAGAGACCCUGGGCAAAGAUGUCUCUUUCCUCUUACGACACGAUAUAUAUCAUCCCCUGUCACAAAAUGACAUUCCAUCACCGCUCCGCUCGGAGUUCAUGAUCCUCAAUCCAGGAGAGCCCCUCUCCUCGUCGCUCAGUCUCCUAGAGAGAUCUCUAUCGGAGGGUCAUUUUCUGAUUGCUGCACAUCUGGCCAGCUCCAUUCUCACCUCGUCGCUGAUCUCGCAAACGGAUAUGAAACUGGUGUUCUCACUCUUUUUUACACGACUGGCUUGUUUGGAACUGUCCGGGAACACGGCACUGGCUGCGCAGGAGUCCAAGGCGCUUGAAGAUCUCAAUUCGAUGUUCUACUAUAUUGACUCUAGCCUUGACAAGUCCGAUCACGACACAAGCAACGACAAGAUUCAUUCGCGCCCUCUUCGGCACAUAGUACCCUGGCCACUUCGGGUUUUGGCGGUGCGGCUACAGAGUAUUGGCUUCGGAGACUCGCGCCGGAGUAUUGGUGGACUUUAUGAACUCGGGAUGGAGGCACGGCGAGAGGUCUUGCGGAAGGAUAUUAACCAACAUGAAAGAAGAGUCUGGAGGGAGAGACUCGGCGAUCUUGGAAUUCGAAGUGCCAAUGCGCUGGUGGAGAUGGGCGAUUUGGAUGCAGCUCGACGCUCACUCGAGAUGCUUCAUGUCGCUGACGAGCAGAAAGGGACUCUGAGUUUCAGGAAAGCGCUCUUGUUCCUGCGAAUGGGAGCUGUUGACGAAGCGCAGCGAGUACUUGACACUCUUGAAGAGUCGGAUGAAGCUGCACUAUUGCGGCCACUGCUCAGUAUGUCCGAGGGGCGCUACGAGGAUGCGGCAACUGAGUGGCGAGUCCUCCACGAAGACUCACGGAGGGCAGAUACUGCGCUCACGGGGCAGAAUAUGGCCGUUUGCCUUCUCUACUGUGGAAAGUUGGAUGAGGCUCGUCAACUAUUGGAGGCACAGAUUCAAGCCAACAACUCUUUUGGUAGUCUUCUUUUCAACCUUUCGACAUUGUACGAGCUCUCCUCCGACGGGGCAGUGGGUAUGAAGCGGCAACUAGCUGCCACUAUUGCAAAGCAGUCAAUCUCCCGAAAAUCCAAUCUGGAUCGACCAAAUGCAGAUUUCAAGUUAUAG